AUGUUUAAGUUGAUUGGAUUUAGUAUAUUUUUCACAAUUAGUUUAUCUUGUGCCGCUGAAUUUGAAGAUGCAUUUAAGAAUUGCUACUCAGACGUCAGUGGAUUUGACUCUUGUGUUAGAGAAGGACUUAAUUCUAUAAGACCAUAUUUCAAAACAGGCUUGUCAAAAUAUAAUGUCAAGCCGUUUGAUCCGUUUUUUGCUGAAGAAGUAACGGUGACGAGAGGUUUGCCUAGAAUUGGAUUUGUUUUGACAUUGAGAAAUGUUACGGAAAGUGGAUGGACAGCAAGCAAAGUUACCAAGUUUGUCAGCGACUUAUCUAAUUAUAAAGUAGUUUAUACUCAAAGUUUUCCAGCAAAAUUUCUUAAUGGACAUUAUGAGUUCACUGGAAAUUUAUUGGGACCUCAAAUAAAAAAUAAAGGAAAGUUUACGCUUGAUUUAUAUGAUUUGAUUCAAACAACAACUAUCACAAAAAAACCAGGAGAAAAAUUAAAAGUCCGUGUUGAAGUUGAGACAAUAAGAGAUUUAAAAUUGCACAUUUCAAAUCUUCUGCGAGGACGUCAGGUAUUAGAAAAUUUUAUGGAUACUGUUAUCAACGGGGCUUGGCAACCUGGUUUCAUUGUCACCAGAGGUGUUAUCAAUGACCUGGUAUCUGCUGCAUUUACUGAAAUAUUUGGUGAAGCUUUCCAAAAGUUUCCAUUUGAGAAAAUAAUCAAGAAAAAAUCAGCACAAUAA